ACCUUCGUGACGGAUUGGGGGAUUCUAGUUCAUUGCCGAGAAAGAGACAUUCGUUGAUCUUGGUCGGCAAGAGUAUUAUGCUCUACGAUUGUCAGCUUUGGCCUCACUGAAUGUCAACAUGUGGCAUUGAUCAUGUUGAUAGUGUCAAUGAUGAGUUAAAUAACUUGAAGUAAAUCUCCCCGACCUCUUUUAUUUCAUUCUCCUUCUUCCGGUACUAAGUGCAAGACAAAAGGACAAUCACUUUGGCUAAUGAAUAGCGGACUUGUGUACGUGACAUUGGACAUGUAACAACUGAAGGUUGUUUCUUUUAUUCAAAACGCCGGAAACUUGAACAAACUCCUUUCCAACUCGGUUGGAAUCAUUUCUAAAUUUCUUUCUCUCAAACAACUGAACAAAAAAGUUAUUCAAACUCAAGUUACGCGUAGCCCGACAGAGCGUUAGUUUGCUCCAAUCGCUCUCCUGAGUGCAACUCGUCCGCCAUUCAUCCGGCCCAGUUGAAAACAAGUUGGCAAAGUUCACGUCUGGCAUCACGCAGGAGCACACACCCAGCCAUUGAGAGCCGCAAUAUAUCUUACAAUCAAUUGAGGAUCGGAAGGGCUCACCGAACAAGUCCUCUGCGGGCGAUUUAGUAGGACCCUUAUAUUUUAAUCGGGAGGUUAUAUCCCGUUGAUUGAGCCAUUUUCUAUUUCUUUUUGGAAGUGAAAGGAUCGUAAAAGGAUAUCAAGAUGACUGGCUGCAUGUACUCCAUUCAGAUGGUGACGGAGAUCAGUCUCCUUCUCGUUGCCUUCCUCGCUGGAAUAACAGCCGCCAUCGCUAUCGGUAUCGUCAGGGAUGAUUUCCGAGGAGAUUGUUUGAUCUACGCACAGGUCCAGUAUGACACGCCCAACUCCUUUUCAGUACAUGCGAACGGCACAGGGCCGAAAUGCGACUUCGCCCUAUCUGUACAGGUCAUCAUUUCGCUUAUUGCAUUUUUGUAUGCACUUUACAAACUGGUUGUCUUCUUUACUAAGAGAUUUGACAUCCCUGCUUUCCGUCUGAUCAUUCUCCCAGUCUAUUGCAUCAUGUGCUUCUUAGCUCUGAUCGAGGCCUGUCUGGUCACGGUAGGAUUUACAUAUUUCUGUAAACAACUCACGCAAACACCUGUCAGAUCAAUCGUAGUCCAGUGUGCUCGAUUCCAGCAAGCCCAUUGGAAUAUUUACCAAGGACGAAACUUCUAUGUCAGACUCAAUCUGGCUUGUAUCGGAUCCUGGAUCUCCUUCACUUGUUGGUUGAUCCUGGUCCCGAUGUCCAUCAUGGUGUUUGUCAUGGAUCGACGAGGAUCAGGACCGAAGCCCAAGGAAGAACCACCUACGCUGCCCAACUCGGAAAAUAUUGAACCAUAGAUAAGAGACCACCCGGAACAUCCCAGUAUGAGACGGACAGCCAACGAGACCAACAUCCCGCAAGACCAACAGCCCAAAAGAAUGACAGCCCAGUAGACCGACAGCCCGCGAGACUCACAGCCCAGUAUACCGACAGCCCACGGGACUGACAGCCUAGUAGACCAACAGUCCAAAGACUGACAACCCAGUAGACCGACAGCCCACGAGACUGACAGCCCAGUAAACCGACAGCCCACGAGACUGACAGCCUAGUAGACCAACAGUCCAAGAGACUGACAACCCAGUAGACCGACAGCCCACGAGACUGACAGCCCAGUAAACCGACAGCCCACGAGACUGACAGCCUAGUAGACCAACAGUCCAAAGACUGACAACCCAGUAGACCGACAGCCCACGAGACUGACAGCCCAGUAAACCGACAGCCCACGAGACUGACAGCUCACGAGACCAACAGUCCAAGAGACUGACAGCCUAGUAGACCAACAGUCCAAAGACUGACAACCCAGUAGACCGACAACCCACGAGACUGACAGCCCAGUAAACCGACAGCCCACGAGACUGACAGCUCACGAGACCAACUGUCCACGAGACCAACAUCCCGCAAGACCAACAGCCCACAAGACGACAGCCCACGAGACCGACAGCCAACAAGACCCACAUCGCACAGCCUAGUAUACCAACAGCCCACAGGACUGACAACCUAGUAGACCGACAGCCCGCGAGAAUGACAGCCCAGUAGACCAACAGCCCACGAAACUCCGAUGUCUCGUGUUCUCUCUGAGGUCUCGUGGGCUGUCGGUCUCGUGACUCUAGCCAGAGGCUAUACGAAUAAACUUAAUUGAAUUAAGAGAAGUUAACUGAAGCGAUGACUGUCCUUUAUAUUGCCGCCAAAUUAGUUUGAUUUAUCUUGCCUAGAAAAUGGUAAAAAGGAGAAUUCUCGGCCAGAAUUUCUUCGAGGGAUUCGGAAAGGUGAAUUGUUUUUAAAGAAAAGCAAGGGUUACGUGAGAAAUUGUGCAAUUGAUUAAAUAAUAAUCUAAUACAAUUUUCAACUGCUGAUGGUUUCCGUUAAACACUUUAUUUACAGUUUUCUUGAAAAUUAAGAAUUAAUAUAAUUAUUAUUGACGACUUCACAUUUUUUUGGCUGAAUGAAAAUAGAAGUUGGCACUAUAUUUAUCGCAAAGUGAAUAAGGAAAACUAAAAACAACGAUUACACAUUUGGGGUAAUUUGCUGACUGUUUGUAAGGGGUAAUGAUAUUCAGUUAAAACUACAUUUCGGUAAGACUUCUCAGGGGAGUUUCAGAGCCAUCUAUACACAGAGUUUGGCCAACCCGGUUCGAGUUGGAGUCGGACACAAUAUGGCGACUACUGCUUUGUUGGGCAAGUUGGUUGGCCAAACUCUGUUUUAAAUGGCUCAGGGGAGUUUAUGCUGAUGACACCCUCUAUGUCUUUUCACUCUUUAUACUGGUCCAGGGCGUCUCGUACUCAAAGCAUCAAUGACGCCAUACCCUGAAAAUCAAGAUGUGUUAUAUUAUGAAUAGCAAGUAUCAACCGCGGUAAGAAGAGUUUGUAAACUAUUUUAAACCAGCGUGGCGCCACUGGAAAUCUCUUAUGAGAUUAAUGGAUUGUUAAAAAAAGAUGUACAUAAUGUUUGUAUCGUUUACAUCAUAAUGAAAUACAUGACGCUAAGUAACAUGAAAGAAUUAGAUACAAUAGAUAAGGUAACUAUAAGCACAUUUUGACGCUCUCUGAUACGUAUCCUAUUUGAAUUUAAAACACAUUCUCACUCUGUCAUUGCAUAUAAGUAUAUAGAUACAAAUAUCAAAUACAACCUUUUUAUCGUUCAGCUCAAAGUGCCUUUUUCGUAGGGGUCACAUAACUAUGUUGUGUAUUUGCCCGAGUUUAAAUUCUCGAAGAAAGCUCAUGAUAUCUUGCAUUCAUGCUGUAUAUAUUAAUAUCAUCGCUAUUUUUGUCAAACGGCCUUAUCGUUAUGGGCAAAAUGUUUAUAUGAUUUUUAUUAGAAUAAUAUAAUGUCUUGUUUUAGUCGCAAUAUUCAUAUAUAUACUCCAAAUGUUUUUCACAUCGAAUAGAUCAACACCAGACCAAACCCAAACGUUGUACAGCACGCCAUGGCCUAGAACAGAAGGUUAGGUUUGCUUUUGAGUCGGUUUGCAGCCGAUUUGGCAAUGUGACCGCGGUAUCAAAGAUAAAAAGAGUGGCCAGAACACAAUUUCUUUAACAAUCGUAAAUUUAUUGUUAUUCUGCAGUUAUCCAUAACGCUUCGCUAAUUGUGCAAGUCAGUUAGUUUUGCCAAAGAAGCAUAGUGUAUAUAAUGUACAUGUUGUGCUUUUGUAUAUGUCUUGUAUAAUCAUUGAAGUAAGUUUCUAAUUUAUCGGUGAUUGUAACUUUCCGAUAAAAUUAUAUUUACAGGCUAAGAAGGGUUAAACAAUUACUGGGAAAAAUACGGAACGAAUAUCACAAUUUACAGAUCUAUUGGACUAAAAGGUAGUUUUUAGAAUACUGUAUAAAGAUAUAAAUAGUUAAUAUAGAUAUUGUUAAUAUGUAAUUUGUAUAAUGUCAUUAGAAUAUCAUUACCAGAUAAAUACAUAUGGUUAAUCAGUCUAAUGAAGGCAAGAUUGAAGUAAACAUCAAAAUUAAAGAAAACCUAUAUUCAGUUUGUUUUGCAA